ACAUGCCUGGGCUGCAUCGCAUGCAGUCAGAUCAGUGCAUUCACUGCAUACCGCGUACCGCGUAGAGGGUUCGUAGACCGUGCACAUAAUAAUUUUGUGCGUCAUGAUCCUUGAGAUAGAGCAGUUUUUUUGGCUCAGUUUUCUUGUCGCUUUGUGAAUCUGGAAUAGAACCCCUGCAAUUCGCAAGCGGAGGCUGUUCUAUUUUGUUUGUAGUGAAGAAGGGGUUCGUCCCAUUUACUUACCUAGUCGAGUUUUCUACUCAAUCUCCUAUAUUGACAAGUACAUAGCUUUCGAAAUGUCUGCUCAGGCUCAGGGUGGUAGCGAUCGGGCAGCAGCAAGCGCUUCAGAUUGGAAGAAGGAGUUAGCUCUGCCAGCCAAAGACAACAGAAUACGAACCACAGAUGUUACUCAGACGAAAGGCAAUGAGUUUGAAGAUUAUCACUUGAAGAGAGAUCUUUUGAUGGGCAUAUACGAGUACGGAUAUGAGAACCCUUCCCCUAUUCAAGAAGAGAGUAUACCUGUGGCGUUAUCUGGUCGCGAUAUACUUGCCAGAGCGAAAAAUGGAACUGGAAAGACCGCCGCCUAUUUAAUUCCUGUGCUGGAGAAAGUGAACACUGAAAUUGAUCACAUUCAAGCACUGGUUCUUGUUCCCACUCGUGAAUUGGCUUUGCAAACCUCCCAGAUCUGUAAAUCGCUGUCCAAGCGCAUGGGAGCUGAGGUGAUGGUAACUACGGGUGGUACGCCGUUGCGAGAUGACAUCGUGCGUCUUCAGCAGCCUGUUCAUGUAAUAGUUGCAACCAUUGGUCGUCUUCUGGAUGUCGUUGAAAAGGAUGUGGCUGACAUAUCAAAGUGCAAAAUGAUGGUCUUGGACGAGGCUGACAAGAUGCUGUCAUCGUUUUUCCGCGAUGGACUGGACAAGCUACUAGCACGUAUGCCCAAGGAGCGCCAGCUACUUGCCUUCUCUGCAACUUUUCCCCACUCUGUAGUGAACUUCAAAGAUAAGUACCUACAGAACCCGCACGUUAUCAACUUGAUGGAUGAGCUGACGCUGAAAGGUAUCACACAGUUCUAUGCUUAUGUGGAGGAGCGGCAGAAGGUGCAUUGCCUCAACACACUCUUCAGCAAGCUGCAGAUCAACCAGAGCAUCAUCUUCUGCAACACAACACAGCGCGUCGAGCUUCUUGCUAAGAAAAUAACAGAGCUCGGCUACUCGUGUUUCUACAUCCAUGCUAAGAUGCAACAAGGCCACCGUAAUCGUGUGUUCCACGACUUCCGAACUGGGCAGUGCCGCAACUUGGUCUGCUCCGAUCUCUUCACCCGCGGCAUUGACAUUCAAGCUGUGAAUGUCGUCGUCAACUUUGACUUUCCACGGACGUCCGAGACCUACCUGCAUCGCAUCGGCCGAGCUGGUCGGUUUGGUCAUCUUGGUGUCGCCAUCAACCUUGUAACCCACAACGAUCGCUUCAACCUCUACACAGUUGAGAAGGAGCUAGGCGCAAAGGUCGAACCAAUACCAAGCACUAUCGACAAGCGCCUGUAUGUCGCCGAGUUCCAGCAGGCCGAACCCGAAGCGGACGAAAGCUGAACAGCACAAUUUCUGCGUACGUGUGUGUUGAGCGCUUGAGACAUGACACUGUACCUUGACAUUCUGUUGUACGUAAGUCAAUCAUUGUAAAGAAUUCCACCCAGGACUGGGCCGGACUGGGUGUGCAACACUAACGGCGGCAUGUGCAGCUUUUCUACUGUAGUAUUUUUUUGCUUUUAUGGUUACUAGUUGUUGUCAUAGUCCAUUGUCGUUUAGGUGCAUAUACAAGGGAAGAAAUUGUUCCAUGUCAUAUGUAGUUUCAUUCAUCUAACAUGUAAAUGAAUUGUCCCGGGCCUGUACAAUUCCUCCGUUGCCCUGUUUGGGUGCUUGCGCCCCUCGCCUGUAAAUUAUCAUCCACUGACUCUUGCAGUACAGUAGUACUGUUAUCAUGAAAUUGCAUAACACAACUAACAUUUUGGUGUGGCUUUGACAUGCCUGGGCAAUACGCGCUGACUGUUCUUGUUUCUCUAGUUGCUUUUCAUGCUAGUCUUGUCUACACAUUCUGAUUGCCUAUUGCUGCUGCAGCUACAGCUAUCGUCACAUGUGCUCUUGCCACUGUACGGUGUUUUAUUGUCCAGCGUUCUGCUGUAUCGUCGCUGUCUGUUUCUGUUACAUUUGUUGUCGUUGUCGUCGUCUUUUAUCUCUUGUGCCAGCAUCAAUUUGACAUUGGUACAACAGUGCAUCGUUGCUAUUUUCAAUUCUGCACCUGCUUCAGCUACGGAUGUGCUUUUCGUUUUCUCUCUGAUAUGCAAUGUCACCUCACUGGCUGUUAUCGAACUCUCUUUUUUCUCAUGCUCAGCCGUAGGACUGUCUCUUAUGCUUAGUUCUCUCUUCAAUAACCUGUCCCCAUUUAUUAUUAGACUGUCGCCGACAUGCAUGUAGCUGUUCUUUCUUUUGUUUUGUUAUCCCAGCUGCCAGUGUCUGGCUGAUUUUGACACAAGUGUGUGUGUGUGUGUGUGUGUGUGUGUGUGUGUGUGUGUGUGUGUGUGUGUGUGUGUGGGUCUGUGUGUGCUGUCAAGCGAAUCAUGCAUGCUAUGAAAAAUCCUCUCUUUUUUGAAUUUUCUUGUUCUUUGGUCGGCUUCAGAUUUCUACUGGUUUUUGUUCUCUUUUUUUUUUGAAUUUUGUGUGAGUAGGAAUAGACAUUUACUUCUAUUUUUGUUGCUAUUUCUAAUGCCCCGCGGCAGGUGAUCAUAUGUAGUAUGUUUUUGUCUCUUUUACAUGUUUGUCUGGUCCUUGCAGUCGA